UGACUCGAUCUAGUAUUGACGGGAAAGCUAGUGUGGAAUAGAGUUAGAAUGUGUUAUCACAAGGUGUUACCCACUAUCUUAUAAAUUCUAUAAUGGUGUUAUGAAUUGGCAUUUAUGUGUUAUGUUCCAAAGAAAAUUCGUAGUAAAGUGGAAUAGAAAACGAAAUUCCUCUUGAAGAUUUACUGCGGAUCUUUCGAGCUGAAAUGCAACCUCUCUACUGAAUAUUUUUCACCCUACUGGCCAUUUCUUGUCGUAAGCUAUACAAAUUAAAUAUUAAUUUCAACAUUUUCGUAAUAUUAUCACACAUUUUAUCGUACGGAAGAAUUUUUGAGAUAGAUAAUGAGCGACAAUAAGAAGGUAGGUGAAAAUUCCAGUAGUGAGGUUGUUAAUCAAUUUCGAAGCUGUAGGGAUGUGAGCGAUAUUGUACCACUAUACACACCACGUGCGCUUUAUCUAAAACCACUUGCAAAAGUAAAUGUGUCUGUUAAUCUUCCCCAACUGAAGACACCAGGAAAAACUAUUUCAACAUGGGAGGUAAUGGAGAAAAUACGUACACUCAUACUACCAGACGAGUUUGCAUCUUUGAAAGUAGCCAAAAGCACUUUGGAGUUUAUCAGACUGGAAGGAGAUCUACGAGACAGAUGCAGACUCCAGCGUGUAUUAGCCAGAUUGGAUUCUCAACGAUUGAAUUUGGCUGGAUUUCCCAAUGUGCUCAAAAUUCGAGCAGCAGAAGCAAAGGAUGAUUUUCCUACUAGACAUAGUUGGGAUUCAUAUUUCAGAGAUGCGAAGCAUAUGAAUGAAUUAAAACCUGGAGAAAGGCCAGAUACAAUACAUAUUUCAGGAUUACCGGUCAAAUGGUUUACAGAAGAUGGAGGCAAUGUACCUAAUGAAUCACUUAUCAACAAAAUUUUCAAGAAAUGGGGUCCUCUUAGGCGAGUCGAUGUACCUGCUUCUGAUCGAUACAGGCCAAGGAUGCGUCUUGGUACAAAUAUGCAUAAAUUUAGCUACGAAGAUGGAAUUUUCUUCGAUGCUUAUAUACAAUAUAUUGAAUAUAUGGAUUUUGUUAGAGCAAUGGAUGCUUUGCGUGGUAUGAAAUUACUUAAAAAAGAAGGACAAAAUGCACUUACUGCCGUGAUAAAGGUUGAUUUUGAUAAGACAAAACAUAUGAGCGAUAGUUCUGUUGCGCAUAGAGAAUUUGAAAGGAAACGUCUUAUAGCGCAGGAUAAUUUGGCUGUAGAAAAAUUACGUAGAAAGGAAGAAGUAGAAGAGAAACGUAGAGAGGAGCAAAAAAAAAAGGAAGAAGCUGACUUAGCGGCUAAAGCAAGUAGACGACAAAAACGAGAGGAAAAACGUAAACGAAAAGCAUUAACGAUAUUUCGUAAACAAGAAGAGGAUAAAGUAUCUAUGAAAAUAGCUAGAGAAGAACAAAAAUUAAUAAAGGCUCAAAGGCAGCUUGAAAGUAUUCGCCUUUUAGAUGAAUUAUUUGAUAGGAUAAAGAUAAAAGUAGAAAAAAAUGAAAUUAAAUUAGAUCAAAUUUCGAAUUCGGAUAUUAAAAAGGAUGAUAAAAAGAACGAGAAAGUCAAUGAAACAGGCGCCAAAUCUGAAUCGGGAGAUGAGAAGAAAAAUAAAAAGAUGAAAAAGUUGAAGAAGAAGAAAAUAAAGAAAGAAAAAAAGAAGAAGAGAAAACACAAAAAGGACAAAGAAUCUGGUUCUGGUAGUGAAACAGACGGUACAGACGUUGAGGGUACUAAAAAGAAAAUAAAAAGCGUUUUAACAAAAGCCAUCACGUAUCCACCAGCAAAUACAGGUCCUGUCGUUCCGACUGCUCCAACACUUCCGUAUCCACCGAUUUAUCCAAGAUUCCCUCAGCAUUGGUAUUACGAAGCGACAUUACCAAUGAUGUAUCCUCCAUUAACAAGAGGCAACGGUAGAGGAAGUUCACGUUUCUUACGUGGUAGAAACAGAGGAUUUUUACCAUGGCGUGGUGGUGGAAAUGCACAUACCUUACGUACAUUUAAUCCUCAUUUAUACAACGAGCAAUAUUACAAAUAUUUCGCACAUUUGGCUGGUCAGGAUUAUCAUGAUUUCGAAAGCGAUUACGAGAGAAGCUCUAGAUCUCGUAGUCGUAAAAGAUCUGUCACUAGAUCAAAAUCUAGAUCAAAAUCAAGAUCCACAACGAGAUCGCGUUCGCGUUCACGUUCACGUUCGAAAUCGCAUACAAAGUCAAGGUCAACGACGAGAUCAAAAUCAAAAUCACGUACAAAGUCAAGAGGAAGAUCUCGAAGUCGAAAACGUACCAGAAGCAAAAGUAGAUCACAUUCUAGGAAACGUAAUAGAAGAUCCAAAUCGAGAUCUAAAUCGCCAUCGAGAACGAGAUCACGUUCGCGUCGAUCAAGAUCAAGGAAAAAGUUUCGAUCGAGAACCCGUUCUAGAUCUCGUAGUAGUGCUUCUAGAAAUCGAUACAAUAGACGUAGACGUAACGUAAGAUCACCUUCCAGAG